CGCGCAGGCGGGCGGAGCGCGUCGAGGGCGCGGGCGGGCGGGUUUGAAUCUGGUCCGAGCGCGGGAAACGGCGGGUCCCGGGGACGAGCGCCGGACCUCCUGUGUGGGGCCCACGGGACAGUGGGGCUGGCUACUGCACGGUGAGAUGACCCUCGCCUAGAAGGCAGCGUCUGUCUGGCAGGAGGGCAGGUCUUGACCGCACGGCGCAGGAAACAUAACGGGGCCACUUUGAGAGAGACUGAGUGGUUGCAGAGUAAAUGCCGUAUGAAAACCAGUUUGAUCUGCCAUGGAAAAACGUGAGACAUUUGUACAAAUAGUGUCUAAGGAGCUGGUUGGAGAAUUUUUGCAGUUCGUUCGACUUGAUAAGGAUGCUUCUGACCCUUUCAACCUAAAUGAAUUACUAGAUGAAUUAUCAAGGAAGCAGAAAGAAGAGCUGUGGCAAAGGCUCAGGAGUUUACUAACAGACGUGUUGUUAGAAAGCCCGGUGGACGGGUGGCACUUGGUGGGCCCCCCCGGGGAAGACAGCAUGGAAACGGAGCAUGGCUCAAAAACGAAAAAAACCAUGGAAAUAAUUCACGCAGUGACAUCUGUGAUUCUUGCUUCUGUGUCUGUGAUAAACGAAAGUGAGAAUUUCGAAGCCUUGCUGGAGUGCGCUGUGAUGCUAAAUGGCAUUCUGUAUGCAUUACCUGGAUCUGAGCGGGCGCUGCAGGGCGCCAUCCAGGACCUGUGUGUGGUGUGGUGGGAGAGAGGCCUGCCCGCCAAGGAGGACAUGGGGAAGACCGCCUUCGUCAUGCUGCUGCGGAGGAGCCUUGAUACGAAGACGGGUGCAGACAUAUGUCGGCUUUGGCGUAUUCAUCAAGCUUUGUAUUGCUUUGAUUAUGAUUUGGAGGAAAGUAGAGAAAUUAAAGAUAUGCUGCUCGAGUGCUUCAUAAAUGUUAAUUACAUCAAGAAAGAAGAGGGAAGAAGAUUUCUUAGCUCUCUCUUCAAUUGGAAUAUAAACUUUAUUAAAAUGAUCCAUGGGACCAUUAAAAACCAGUUACAGGGAUUACAAAAAUCUUUAAUGGUACACAUUGCAGAAAUUUAUUUCAGAGCUUGGAAAAAGGCUUCAGGGAAAACACUGGAGGCCAUCGAGAAUGACUGCAUCCAGGACUUCAUGUACCACGGGAUCCACCUGCCUCGGAGUUCUCCGGUGCACCCCAGAGUGCGCGAGGUGCUGAGCUACUUCCACCACCAGAAGGAAGCGCGGCAGGGGGCGGAGGAGAUGCUUCACAGGCUGUACAGGCCUGUCCUUUGGAGAGGACUGAAGGCCAGAAACUCGGAAGUCCGGUGCAACGCUGCGCUGCUGUUCGUUGAAGCAUUUCCCAUUAGGGAUCCAAGCUUCAGUGCCAUCGAAAUGGACAGCGAGAUUCAGAAACAGUUUGAAGAACUGUAUAGCCUUUUAGAGGACCCUUCCCCGAUGGUCCGCUCCACAGGGAUCCUGGGUGUCUGUAAAAUCACCUCCAAGUACUGGGAGGCGAUGCCCGCCGCCAUCCUGGUCGACCUCCUCAAGAAGGUCACGGCGGAGCUGGCCUUCGACACGAGCUCCGCUGACGUGCGCUGCUCUGUCUUUAAGUGUCUGCCGAUCGUUCUGGACAACAAAUUAAGCCACCCAUUAUUAGAACAGCUUUUGCCAGCAGUGAAAUACAGUCUCCAUGACAAUUCGGAGAAAGUGAGGGUGGCUUUCGCUGACCUGUUGCUGAAGGUGAAGGCUGUGCGGGCUGCCAAGUUCUGGAAAAUCUGCCCCAUGGAGCACAUCCUGGUCCGGCUGGAGUCGGACUCCCUGCCCGUCUGCCGGCGCCUGGUGAGCCUCAUCUUCAGUUCCUUCCUGCCCGUGAACCAGCCCGAGGAGGUGUGGUGUGAGCGCUGCGUGGCGCUGCUCCAGAUGAACCACGCGGCCGCCCGGAGGUUCUACCAGCACGCGCACGAGCACACGGCCUGCACCAACAUAGCCAAGCUGAUUCAUGUGAUUCGCCACUGCUUGAACGCCUGCAUCCGGAGGGCACUGCGAGAGAGCGGGGAGGACGAGGAGGAGAGGGAGAAGGAGAACGCCAGCGCCCUGGACCAGACACUGUCCGUGAGCGACGCGGGGUGCAUGGCGGGCCUGUUGGAGGUCGUGGUGAUCCUCUGGAGAAGCAUUCACCGGAGCUGGAAGAGUAACACGGAGGCUGAAGUGUACACUGUCAGCAAGUUUGCCGCCAUGCUGCCCGAGUACCUGAAAGUGUUCAAGGAUGACCGCUGCAAGACCGCCUUGUCCAUGCUGGCGUCCCUGAUGCCAGCCUCGGCCGUGCCCACCUUCAGCUGUGGUGUGAUUUCCACAUUAAGAAACCAGGAGGAGGGAGCGGCCGACAGGAGCCACUGCGUUUUGUUGGACUGCCUCUGCUCCUGGGGGCAGGUGGGGCACGUGCUGGAGUUAAUUGUGGACUGGCUGCCAGAAGAACAGCCUGCGAGCAAGAGUAACUCGACGUCCAGGCGGAGGGUGCGGCUCCAGGACCCACGGCCCGUCAAGCCCGAGCUGGCGCUCGUCUACCUGGAGUACCUGCUGACCCACCCCAAGAACCGGGGCUGCCUGCUCUCCGUCACCCGCAGGAAGCUGAACCGUCUCCUCAGGGCUCUUGAGACGUCAAAGGUGGAUCUGGAAUCGAUUUUGCGGUCACCAGGUGGGAGCCCUCACAACCUGAGUGAAGGAACUGCCCUGCGCGCCUUCAGCCUCCACUGUCGGCUGAGUGUCCACCUCCAGCACAAGUUCUGCUCAGACGGAAAAGUUUGCCUGUCUACUCUGGAAGACACUGGGGUUUGGUUAGAAAGCAAAGUUUUAUCUUCUAUCCAAGAUCAAGAAGAAGAGUACCUGAAGCCUCGCAGGGUCGUUUACCAGCAGAUCAUCCAGACCUACCUGACUGUGUGCAAGGAUGCUGUUAUGGUCGGCCUCGGGGACUGCAAGUUUCAGCUGCAGCUUUUACAACGGAGCCUUGGGAUCAUGCAAACAGUGAAGGGGUUCUUUUAUGUUUCGUUGCUCCUUGGCAUUCUGAAAGAGGUCACUGGAAAUUCCUUGAUGCAGAAAACAGACUCAGAGGAAGAAGUCGCGUGGCUGUUCGAUAUGGUUCAGAAGGUGUUUCAGAAGAUGCUGGAAUGUAUGGCCCGGAGCUUCAGGAAGCAACCAGAAGAAGGCUUGCGGCUGCUUUAUUCUGUUCAGACACCUCUGCAUGAGUUCAUCACCUCAGUCCAGUCUUGGCACAUGGACACGCCCGUUCACCGCGGUGUGUUCUCCACUCUGAUUGCCGCGUCUGUGGUCGAGAUGAGUCACCGGCUGCGAAAGGUUUCAGAUACGGAAGAGCUUGCCCCGCCGACGUGUCUCUCGGAUCUUCCACCGUUUUCAAGGUGUUUAAUAGGAAUAGUACUGAAGGCUCCGAGCGCAGUCAGGUCAUUUUUAGAUGAAUUGAAGGCAUGUGUCACUUCUGACGAUAUUGAAGGCAUUGUAUGUCUCACAGCUGUUACACACAUUAUUCUGGUUAUUAAUAAAGGUAAACUUAAGAGCUCAAAAGUGCAGGAUGUUGCGGCGACUGUUCACAGGAAACUGAAGGCAUUCAUGGAGAUCACUCUGGAAGAGGACAGCAGGGAGAGAUUUCUCUAUGAAUCAUCAUCAAGAACUUUGGGAGCACUUUUGAAUUCAUAACCAAGGCCACAUCUUUGGUUGUGUAAAAAUAGAGAAAAAGGACUUACAGAAAGCGAAAUGAAUGUGUAUUUUCCUAGUGUUUUUAAUGUCAAUACCCCAUCAAUAAUGAAAGCGUGGGAUUUAUUCGGGGUGGGUGUGGGUAGAAAACUCGGAAGUCCUUACGCUUUUGCCCAGUGCCUGUGUAAAUAAUAUACGUAACGUAAAGGACUCCAGGUAUCAUGGUGCGGAAACCCACGGUGCAAAGAUACUUUUCUAGCAAACCUAGCUGUUUUUAAAGUGACUUUUAUAUUUAAUGAUUGCUUGCAGACUACAAGUAAUAAAGCAAUGACAACACCUA